AUGAAUCGAGACCUCGGAUCUGCGCACGUCAUCCGUCCAACGCUACCUACCGUUGCAUUCCCGCCUGCCUGCAUCCACCCGCUCCAUGGCGGCUCAUGCACGACCGAAGCCGCCCUGAUGGAAACUAGAAGAGACCCCCGAUCUUUUCUCUUCUUUAUAAUCCUGCUGCUGCUCAUCAACUCGCCCGAACAGCAACAGCCAACCUUCAAUGCGCGCACCCGUUACCGAGAGCUCAUCGAGCGCGAAUACUACCAACUCGAUAUCCUGAAUCGGACGCGAUACGGCGAUUUCAACCCAAGGAAGGACAGGUGGCUCAAUGUCACUGGGCUGCGGGAUGAGGAUGGCUUUGCGUGGGACUUGCUGGACCCAGUGAGGCAGAAGGCAAAGGCGCAGUCUGAGCGACUACUGGGAGAUGGAUGGAAGGGCAUGCUGGAUGGACCACUGCAGGAGGGGGAAGCUGGCAUGCCGGUAUACAAGAACCUGUCUGGUUACGUGCAGGGAGAAUGGACGCGCUCGCCUCUGAGUCGCAUACGGCAUCCCAGCGACAUGGGCAACGCCUCAGCCAUACCCGACGAUCCCUUCGGAAACAUGGCGGUAUACGACAGGAACCUGACUGGUGCAGGUGGACCGUUGCGGAUACACGUCACAGAGCUGGAAGAUAGAAUGCGGAGGAAUGCGAACAAGACUAUAUCUGAGAUCAGCGCGAAAGUGGUAAUCGGAGACAAAGACAGCUUUGGGGGGAAUUGGUGGGAGUUCGUGGCACACGGCGUUCAUUUUUUGAAGAGUGGAACUGCUGUUCUGACGACUACGAGUGAUCGGUUCGCGGGCAUCUUCGCUUUGCCUCAUCUGCAGGUUACUCCUUACUUCUACUCGACGUCCCAGGAGUUCCUCAAUUGGACGAUACGCGAAGCUAUAGAACGGCAAGAGAAGAGAGCUUUCCCGAACUGGAACCCCUGGACAUCCGCUGCGGAGGGCAACAAUGAAGGCAUGUUUCAAGGGCACCACUGCGAGUUCGUCUUGUAUCUACAAGAGUUUCCAAGUCAAUCCAACGUCGACAUGGACUGGCUCGAGCACGAGCUCCGCUUUCCUACUGGCGCUCCUAUCCCACACGAUAUCCCUCAUGCCAUGUCCAUGGUGGGCUUCUCUCCAGAUUGUGGUUUCGUGAUUGAGUCAAAAGGUCCUCCAGACUUCCCCCCAUCAGAAGCCAUGCACCUGGUUGGAUCCAAGACAGAAGAUUUCAAUGUGCGCGCGAGACACGGCAUCCUCGCUUUUGCCAUCAGUCUUGCGUUCCAACUUUCCUUCACUCUUAAGCAGAUGAAAGAGACCGCAACGCCGUCCAUGCGCAGCCGGGUCAGCUUCUAUACUAUUGCUAUGAUGGCCCUUGGAGAUGGCUUCACAUUCUUGAUUCUCAUCUUCAUGUACUUCUUCCUCGGUACGGCACAGUUGGCGCUCUACAGUAUUGCGUUCAUAGCGCUUUUCUCUGUACUGACCCAUCUUCGCUUCUUGAUGGAUAUCUGGUCUGUGCAAGCAGCGGAGAGAGCCCGUCAGGAGCGACAACGAAGUCCAGCAACUACUACUACGACCCCAACUCCGGCUCCUGAGCCUGCAGCUCCAACACCGCCCACCGAUGGCGGUUUACCUUUGCCAGCUACUGCCGCUCGACCGCCACGUCCACCUACUCCCAUCAUCAUCGCACCAGACCAGGACGACCCCGACGAAGACCUCACUCCGAGCCCAAAUAAUACGCCCACUCCAGGCGGCGCUACGACAACGAAUGCGAAUCCCCGGGCCGAGCUUGGUGCACUGUACAGCCGCUUUUGCCUCAUGCUCAUCGUUCUGUUCUUUGUAACUAUACACUUCGGGACAGCUCGCACGACGUAUCGCGCGAUUUACUUCGACGUCAUCACCUUCAUCUACCUCUCGUUCUGGGCACCGCAGAUCUACCGGAACAUCAUGCGCAACUGCCGGCGAGCACUGCGCUGGGACUACGUUGUAGGAACGAGCGUGGCCCGCAUCGCACCUGUAGCGUACUUUUACAUGAAAGAAGACAACGUACUGUUUUCAAGAACAGACUGGAGAGCAAUGGGUUUCCUGGCAGGGUGGGUGUGGAUUCAAGUGGUAGUGUUGGUGAGCCAGGAAAUGUUAGGUCCACGCUUCUUCAUCAGAGACGGAUGGGCACCCCCCGCAUACGAUUACCACCCCAUUCUGCGCGAAGACGAAGAAGGCGCAACAAUGCCCCUCAACAUCACCACCUCCACAGACUCACCCACCACAAUCGACGCCUCUGUCCCCGAGAGCGAAUCGUCCAAAGCCUCAGGUGAAUCCAAAUCGAAAGGCAAAAAAGUAUUCGACUGCAGUAUCUGCGCCAACGACAUCGAAGUCCCUGUCAUACCCGCAGGCGCUGAUGAGAGCAGCGUGGCUGGCAUGGGCGGGACGAGUAUGAUUCUACAGAGAAGGCAGUACAUGGUUACGCCUUGUCGGCACAUAUUCCAUACUGGGUGUUUGGAAGGGUGGAUGCGAUAUCGACUUAUGUGUCCGAAUUGCAGAGAAAGCUUACCGCCGCUGUAG